AUGCUAAGUGUUAGUGCUAGGUUAACAAUUAUAGGAUCCUAUGCCUGCGUAAAGAAGAAGCAAGUUGCUGCUAAGAAGAAGGUAGUUAAGGCAGCUAAAAGUAGUAUAACUAAGCAUAAAAGAAAGGUUAACUUAGAGGACAAUAACUAUAAUCUAAAUAAAGACAUAAAGGUUAAAGAUAGUAAAGUGUUUAACUACAAAGUUAGCUGUGUUAUUUGCUAUAACAAUUCUAAAUCUUCUAACAACCUGUUCACAAUCUACGUUGCUAAAGGUGUAAAGAUGCCUAUAAUUCUAGGUAAAACCUUUAAAUUACCUAAUAUCUUAGCCCUACUUUGCAUUAUUUCUGUCUAUAAUAAUAGUUACAAAUCUCUGGCUUAUAAGCGCCUAACUCAUAAGGGUAUCCUGCGUAGGCACAUUUAA